UUUCGUUUCUUGGAUCUACCUGGAGAGAUCCGGAACAGAAUCUACGAGUACAUGCAUGGCCAGCAGACUCAACUUGUGCUCGUUCACCGGCCACGCAUCGCCUCUCUACGUCCCCGUACCCGGCUUGAUCGAAGCCGCACCCUCCCAUCAGAUAUCGCUGCCCAAGAAUACGAAGAGAGACUCUCGAGCGACAGCAGCAUCACCAAUGGCUCCGAGUCCGAGAACAUUCCUCGAAAAACCAGCCGUCCGUUCUGGGGAUUGACGCAGGCGAGCCGGCAGCUCAGGUAUGAAUUUCGCCCGAUCUACUUGAUCAACCAGGAGAUUGGCCUUGACUUGAACAACAUAUCCGGUUAUUUCAAGGCCUUCUAUCCCUCUGCCGCCAAAGAGCUUGCCAAGAUCGGUCCUUCAGGCGAACGGGAGUCUACCCUGUCUUUCGUCGGUCAUGUCACGGUUGCACUUGGUGAGACGGCCAACAAAGAAGAACGUGGCCCCAAAGGCAUCGAAGUACUACCUCUGAUUGAGGUUUGGGCAAACGGCUUCUCAAUGCAGGCUGGAUUCGGUCGCUAUGCGACGAGUGGCCACCAAUGGCCGGUCGAUGCAGAGACAAAGGAUCUCUACCGCGUCCUUGGCCGUCAAGUUCGGAGGGACCAGUCUUGCUCAGAGACGAACGAGCGCUGGAGAGAGAUUCUGCGCUGCCGGUAUCUUGCUUCGGUCCGUAUUCAUCGCGUUCCGGUGGUGAGAUAUGUCUCAACACCAGGAUGGGCUAUACCUCCGGAGCUCCUCGCUGCUUCUAUCCCCAUACCCACAAACAGCGCCUACCCGCCCAACGUCCAGAUGUUCCGUGUUCCAGUGGUACCAAGACCAUACAUACACCUCAUAUUCAGGAAGGACAAGGCCGAGCCCUGGAUGACAGAGUUAGAGUCUGUGAUUCCCGAUAAUUGGCUGCUUCAGCACGGCUUUGAAACCAUGGAGCACUUCGAGGUCAAGGUGGGCGUUAAAGAGUAA